AUGGAGAAAGAAAAUAAAGAUGAUGAGCGCAAAACUUUAGUGAAGAACAUCAUUAACUCAGUGGAUAGUGACGAAGAAGAAAUUUUAUUCGAACUUACAGAAGAGGAGAAAUAAGGAAAAGGAGGAACAACUCCGAGUCAAAAGGAUGGCAGAGCAGUAUAAAAAGAUGCAGAUCCUGGAGAUAGUACAGAAUAAUGAAAAGGCUGAAGGAUUCAAUCAAGCAAUUGUUGAAGAAGCGUUUGUGUUUUUCGGAGAAAACAGCCAAUUUGAUAUCCCUCCAGAAGACAAGAAGAUGCUCAAGUUAGAACAAUUAAGAAAGCUUUCAGAGGUAGCCUAUUCUGUCAACGAGAAUGCAUAUGGUCAGCCAUGUGCAGUCAAGCUUUAUAUGGAUAAAUUGUAUGUUGGGUGUUCACUAGGUCCUGUGAGAGUCUUUGAUAUUAAAACAGGAAAUCAGGAAAAUAUUCUGAUUCCUAAGAAAAAGAAAGUAUUUACUAGCAGAGUAACUUGUAUCGAUAUUUCCCUGACUGGAGAUCGAUUAGCAGUCGGAUAUACUAAUGGAAAAGUAUGAAUCUUUGAUUUAAUAAAAUCUAAAAUACUCAUUGAAAUUGAUGAUGUCUGCAAAACAGAAGUUAACUUUAUUAAAUUUCUGUCUGAUACAUCAUCUCAAUGACUUAUGGCAGCAGAUAAAAGAGGAUUCAUCUACAGAAUAAUUAUAAGUAAAGGGCUUUUGAAGUAUAAUUCUAAAAGUUGCAAAAUCAUUGAGAAGCCAAUUCCGGAUUUAAGCUCUAUAGCUGUACUGAAACCUAAGGAAGGAAUGCCUUAUGAAGUUUUGGAAGUUUCAUACAUGAACAUCACAGCUGUUGCAAGUACUAAUCGUUUAGUCAUCUACUACCUCAAUGACCCAAUCGCUGACUUCUAUUCUGUAAUAAGAGAGGACUUCAGCAAGAAUUUUAUCAAGGAGGGAUCUUUGUGUCAUCUAGACUGGGGAUAUGGAAUCACUCCAACUAUUUCGAGAGAAAACAGCAAGUGACUACUAGCUAUUGGCUGGGACAAGGUCCUGCAGAUAGCUAUUCUAGGAAGUCCAGAUGAACCAUACAAUAUGAUUUCCUUUGAUGGAUACUACAUCUGUGAUUACCCUAUUGACAGAGUCCAGUUUAUAUCAGAUAGUGUCAUUAUGAUUCUUGUCAACAAGAAAGAAGUUAGGCUUUUGUUCAUUCCAAAUUUCCUCCCAGGAUCCUUCUCCAAGGAAGGUAUCAUGCUAAAAGAAGCAGAGGAUUCCAAAAUGACAAUUGUGGGGGCUUAUAAUGGCGUAUUCCAGGUUUCUCUUGGAGAAGACUUCUUAAGAGAUUUGUCACUAAAAGCAGAAGUUGACACUGGAGUUUCCCUUCUUAAUGGAAAUAUUAGGUAUUCUGAGACAGCAGAGAAGCAGAACUUUUCUCAUUCAAUAGUGACACACGAGAAUCAGAUCAUUGUGCUUGGCCAAAAUGAGCUGUUACUUGCUAAGCUUUAUCACUGGGAGGAUUAUCUUGAAUAUAUUAAGAAGAAAUGAGGAUGGCUCGUAUGCCUAAAAGCAGCUCUUGACAUUUUCAGUGGAGAUAUCAAAGGAUAUUAUGGUGUACCUUAUAUCUCAGAAGAUAGAGAAGAAGCUCUUAUUGAAAGACUUAAAGAGCUUGUCCUUAUUGGAAUCGCCAGUAUGAUACAAAGUUUCUAUGGUAGCCGGAGACAAAGUGAGAAUAAUGGGAACUUUGACCUUCAAAGAGAUGAUAAUGCUAUUAAAGUUGCUAUUGAAUUCUGUCAUGAGAUUGACUCAUUUGAUUUCCUCUUUAAUCAAAUUUUUGCUGAAUUCCAAAGCGAAGGGUUUGAAGAUAAAUUUGUAGAAAAUCUUGAACCUUUUAUUUUAAGUGGAUAUUUUAAAGAGAUCAUUAUUCCAAAUGCAGUCCUGAAGAAAAUCUGUGAUUAUUACUUUGAGAAUAGAAAAUAUCAUAUUUUAGAGAAGAUAGCUUCAUGCCUUGACUUCACACAAUAUGAGUAUCUUGAUGAGCUAACUGUUGUCUGCUCAUUAAAGAGCUUGACAACAACACUUAUUCAUCUAACGAUAACUUCUAACCAAGCUGAAGACAGGUCUUGCUGGACAAUUUUAAGGAAAGUGUAUGACAGCUUCAAAUCAAUCAACAAGCAAAUAAAUUUAGAAGAGAUAAAGGAAUGGUAUAAGAAAUCUAAAGAUGAGAAGUAUUCAAUUACUUCCUCAUACCAAUACAUUGGACUAAAAUUCAUGCAUAUCAUCAGUCUUUUCUUACGCGGAGAGAGAUAUCCAGAGGGUAAACUGACACUUGAUCAACAUGAAAUCUACCUGACACAAACAAUAGAGUUUAUCUUUGAGAACCAGCAUGCAUUUGACCUUCUCAAUGUGGAUGAAAGAUCAUUCUUUAUAAUGAUGUCAGAACUUUAUACGAAUAAAACUGUCUGAAGAGUGCUUAAAAACCUUAAUGAUCAGGACAUAUUCCACAUAACACAUGAGAUCAUUAUUGAAAAAUUUAAAGAGAUUAUUAACAGCUAUGCAAGCUUGAAGAACCUCAAAUUUGAGUUCUCAUACUGGGUAAUUAAAAUUGCCAACUGAGAAAUGUACAGGCUUGACCCUCAGAAAAUAAUCGGGUUAAUAAAUGAAAGUAUCAUAUUUGUCCUCUAUGAGAUAUAUGACUUUAAUGAGAAGAAGAAAGCAUCCAAUUUUGAGUUAAAGCCUGAGGAUAAAUUCUCCGGGCCAAAUGAUAUUAACCUCUCAGACCUGGAACAGGAGAUCCUGGAUCUCCUCCCUUAUUACUCUAAGUACAUGGAGCAUGAGGAGCUGAGCGAGAUAAUAGAGAUAUCUCAGAAGUUGCUUAUAGAUAAAAUUAGAAUUUAUAUUUAUGAAGAUCAGAAAGAUUUUGAGCAAUGCAUUCAGACUUUCCUUAACUCUAAAGGAUGAAAGACCCAAGAUGUAUUCCAAUGGCUACAUAGGCUUUAUAUUAAGAAGAGAGAUACUCUGGAGGAAGAAAGCAUCACUCGCAUCAAAAAUGAGAUCAUUCGGGUCAUCCAGGACUUUAUUAUAGCUGAUUCUGUCAAAACAAGUCAGGUCAUUGAUGAAUGGCUUCCAAACCAGCAGAUCGAAAUAAUAGAUAAGCUUUCUGCAAAUGAAGAGCUACAACUUAAGUAUCUGUCUGAUUUUAUUAAUGAAAGAGAGGCCGAAAUCAGCGAGGUGAUGAAAUCUGCUGUGAAAUUCCAAAACCCGCAUUUUAAUGACUACAAAUACUUUCUAAAACUGCAUAUAAAGUUGCUUGCAAAGUUAGAUUGAAGAAGGAUUUCCAUUAAGGACUACUAUCCCAUUGAUUGUCUAGAUGACAUCAAGGAUGAUAAUGCAAUCAUCAAAGAAGCAAGAGCAUUCUUGUACAAAAGAUGUGGGGACAUUGACAACAGUCUCACCAUUUUCCUCAGUCUUCUUGAAGAAAUUAGUUAUGAUGAGAUAAAACAAGAUGGAUUUCACAACAAAAAGGAUGAUUCGAAAUUCACCCUCAGUUUCUCCAAAAUUUAUACUGAAAUAUGCCAGUUAUGUGUCAAAUGGACCUCAAUUCCUAGCUACAAGGAUAAGAUCUGGAACCAAGUGUUGAGGACACUUUUCAAGAUCAAGAAAAAGUAUUAUGUUAAAGAGGAGACAAAGAAAACUAAAGCAGUUAAUACUAUUAUUUUUAGCAAAAUCUCAGAAUUCCUGCUGAUGAUGUCUAGAUACGUUGAUUUCAGGGAAGUAAUAAAACUCCUCCUAGAAGUCGAUGAGGGUGCAACAUUUAGAUACUCUAAAAAGUGGUUCCAAAGCUUAUUUGUCUCAAAGGCCGACCAAGAAUUCCUGUACAAAUCAGCUCAGAAGUUAUUAAACAAUGAGAACUCAGCAAUGGUGGAUAGCAUAGUUGACAAGUACCAGCAUGGGUUCAAGGGAACUAAGAACCAGACAUGUGACCUUUGUAAAGGAAUUCUUGUGAAUCCGUACUUUGAGAGAUCUCUUGUAUUCUGAAUGUGCAAACAUCAUUUCCAUCGCAAGUGCUAUAUUGAAGAAGUCAAGCUAAUAAAAACCUUAGAAGUCAGACCUGACAUUGAAAAAAGAUUCCAAUGCCCUAUAUGCAGAAAACAUAAUGUCGAUAUUGAUGAGAAGCAGAGGAAGGAUAGAAUGAAGCAAAAGAGAUCUAAUAGGAGAAGGAAUAGGAAAGGCACAGAUACAAGAAAUUCCUCCUCCGAAGGAAGCAGGUCUUCUAUGAACAAUAAUGAUGAAGAAUAUGGAUUUUACAAUAACAGCAAAUUGGAUGAGGUAGAGAAAAUCAACUACAAAUUGAAGAUGAAGGCAUUUGAUGAAGAUUAUUAUUUAUCAUCUCCAUCAAUUGUCUUUCCUUAACAUUCAACAUAA